AUGGCCUCGUACCGCACCCGGGAGGAUUUCGACCAGCUCAUGCAGCGCUUGGCCGUGGCGCACCAGAGCCAGGUAAACAGCCUGCAGGUCAAGGUGGAAAAGCUCCAGAAGGCGCUGAAAUCAGCCCGAAUGCGUUCCAGCUCGAGUGUGAUGAGUGACUCCCUACCUUCCCUGCAGGACUCUGACCAGAGACCUUUCGCCUUGGCGGGUGAGCUCAGCCAGGACACAAGUGCCUUUGUAUCCUCGGAGCUGGCGCCCGUGCCAGCACCGGCACCGGAGAAUCAGGAGGCAGAUGAAUCCCCCGUUGCAACAAUGACCUCCGGCUCGCGCAGAACCAGGUUCCUGUUCGCGGACCGCAAGUUCAGCGCGGCGGAAAACAGCAGCGAGGAGUUCGAAAAGGGGAAGUGGACCUUCAACUCGAUCCUUGCAAACCCGCGCUUUGAGGCCGGCAUUUGCUUGAUGAUCUUCGCAAAUGCUGUUGUGUUUGCACUGGAAGCGCAGAACACGGGCAUGCAGUGGGGAUGGACGUACAUUGGUGGCGAUUUGCCAGGACAAAUUUGGUCAGAUUCUGACAUGUUCUUCACUGUGCUGGAGAACGUGUUUGGGGUGAUCUUCACCAUAGAGGUUGUGUUGCGCCUUUCUGUUCGCAAGUGCCACUUUUUCUGCGGAAUGUGGAACUGGCUAGAUCUUACGAUCGUGGUGGUUUGGCUCAUCAGCAAGGCGGUGGAGGAGUUGCCGCUCAACUCUCAGGUGCUGCGUUUGGCACGGCUCAUCCGCCUUUUUCGGCUGCUGCGGCUGGUACGCCGAAUCCAGCAGUUCGACUCCUUGUAUUUGAUGUCCACCGCCAUCCGAAGCAGCUUCGGAAUUCUGGCCUGGACUGCAGCUCUGCUCUUCAUCGUGCAGAUGCUUUUUGCAUUGGUCUUGAACCAAAUCCUUUACGGUUUUUACUUCAACGCGGCCAACUUGGAGAGCCAAUUGCUCAAAGACCGCCAAGAGUUGGUCUAUGUGUAUUUUGGUACUUUUUCCCGGGCGCUGCUGACCAUGUUCGAGAUCACACUGGCCAACUGGCCUCCUGUUUGCCGCGCGCUCACGGAGAACGUCACCGAAUGGUUUAUGAUAUUCUUCCUCGUCCACAAGGUGACUAUGGGCUUCGCAGUGAUUGGUGUCAUCAACGGCGUGUUGAUGCAGGAGACCUUCAAGGUGGCGUCCUACGAUGACACGAUCAUGAUGCGCACGAAGCAGAAAGCAAUGCGGAAUCACAUCAAAAAGAUGCAGCUUCUGUUUGAUGAGGCUGACACCUCUGAAGACGGUAAGAUCGACUUGCAGGAGUUCCAGGAAAUCCUCAAAGACAACGAGCUCAAAGCUUGGCUGGGAGCAAUGGAGCUCGACAUCCGUGAUGUGGGCGAGUGCUGGGAGUUGCUGCAGGAGGAUGCCAAGGACCGCUCUGGCGGGCUCAGCGCAGAACAAUUGGUGGUGGGUGUAGCGAAGCUUCAAGGCACUGCCAAGAGCCUGGAUCUAAUGAAGGUCAUCAAAGUUCAGGAGAGCAUGAUGUCCAAGAUCCACAGGCUUGAACGAGAUGUGAACACCGUGAAGCGUAACGCAGGGUCCACCGGUCCACCGGGCCAGGUGAUCGAGAGGUCCACCAACCUGAGCUUACUGCAAUUCUCGGCAGUGCGGCUGCUGGAGACAGAAACGGCUCAGUGGCUGAAGCAGUGCUGCUACGCGCACAGCAACGCUGCCGCCCGGGAGCAGUUUUUCAACUCUGAGGCCGUGCGCUUUGGGAGGUCUCUGAACUUCGAGAUCCAUGCCCUCACUGCACGACCGAGUAGUGGCCAGAAGGUUACAACUCUCCACCUUGCCGCGCCGCCUUCUGGGCUGUCCAAGGGCGCGCCGUGGGCCAAACAUCCCGGGAUUCGCAAGCUUUGCCAUGAGCAGCGGGGCAUCCGCGAUGCAGAGUUGCCAACUAAGUCCGAGGAUGGCAACGGCCUGUGCGUAAAGCUGCCGCACCUGCUGGAAGCGGCCUCCUUGGGAGUGCCCGCGCUGCUCUUCGACCUGGACGGACGCUACAGUUGGACCAAGGCGGAGGCAGAAGGGCUGACAUCGAUGAUACUUGCGUUGCCAAGCACCGUGCUGCGCAAGACCAGCUGGGUGGAGGUGGUGGCGCUGACCUCAGCUCGCAACGCUGAGAUGACCGCUCAGGGACGGGUCACUGCGCACGUGGUGCCCGCCGCAGCCCCACCUCCGGAGGACUUGCUCAGCCGACCUCUGCUCCUGCACGGGUCGGGUGCCCAAGAAUGUGAGGCUUGGAUGUUUGAAGAUGUGGAUCCCUACCAGGCUUGCAAGCUGCGCAAGGAUGAGGGGGAGGCGGAAGAAGGUGCUGGUACGCCAGAGACCUACUUCCAGCGCAUCGCCAAGAUCGACAUCGUGCCAGGGGAUGUCGCCCUUCUAGAGGAGUGGUCCCAGGCGCAAGGCAUCACUCCACAAGAGCAUGCGGAGUCAGUCUUUGCCCAGUCAGCAGUGGACAGCUGCACGCGGGCUGAAAUGGUGAUGAGGGCCCUUGAGGUGCAAGACAAGUUUCUCAAGGAUAAGCGCAGCCGGAAGAGCGAGAAGUUGGUCCGUGCAGCGCACAAAGCCAUGGAGAUGGCCAGGGCAGAGAGCAAGUCAGGAUACAGCAAGGCAAGGGCGAUCGCGGCCGCGGCAUUUGUGGAAGUGUCAGAGAUGACGACGAAGUGGACUUUGGUUCAGGCCUUCAGCUCACGAGAAGAGGGUCUGACCUUCAUACUGCAGUGCCAGGCGUUCCAGUACCGCCCCAUUGGAGUGGACUGUCCUCACUUCGAAGAUGGUAACGCUGCCGUGUCAUUCAUGCUGUCCUCGGAGUCCAUGCAGCAGGAGUUUGUCAGUCUGGAUCCCCAGUUCCGGCGGCGGUUGCGGCUGCGGCAGGCUGCCCAGAACGAGACCCAGGAGCAGACCGCGCAGAUGCGGGCCAAAAUGAAGCAGAGGAGCCUGGCAGGCCGCUCUGUGCCACAUGACGCAAAAGAGCGCUGGGUGGUGGAGGCAGCUGGUAACCUCUUCGAGUCUUCGCCUUUGCGGAGCUUGUCGGAGAAGCCUGCCCAGAGGUACUACAUCGCCGUACCUCCUGAGAUCGAAAAGAAGGUUCUGGUCGAGGGCUAUCAGCCCAGCAAGCGCACAUCGGUGCCAUGCUCGGCCACACCACAAGAGGCAGCUUCAGCUUAUCUUGCGGCGAUGCGACGCUCAAAGGAGGAGCGUGAGCAGUCAGAGAGGAAGCGCAAGAGCCAAGCUCAAGGUGAGAGCUUGGACCGUGCCUGGGACCUCUGGGAGUGGACCGCGGCGUCCGAACUUUACCCCGUGCUGGGUGAAGACAAGCGAGGCUUCAAAGCUACAGUGCUGGCUGUGGUGGUGCCGCAAGAGCUGGGCUUUGACAUUGUGGCCAACAAGGGCGGCUUUCUUAUCAAAACUGGAGGGCUCAAGUCGCACAGUCCCACCACCUUUCUGCGUGCAGAUUCCAAGGUGGAGAUCACCCUGGAGUGCGUUGGGCUGGUCCUGCUGGUGCCGGUUGCUGCAAGAUACGGCAAGCCGCCGUGCGAGCUAGAAGAGAGUCCUGCCAGCAGGGCUCGAGAACGGACAGAAACUGGCCACCUUCCGGGGCCGGCAGCUUUGCGUGAGCGGCUUCUUGGCCAAGUGUGCCAUGUCGAUAUGCCGAUGGCAGCGCUGCCACAAUCACGCGGCAGCGUGUGGCCCAGCAGCCCCAAGGGCUUUCAGAAAUGCGACUCGGAGGAAGCUAUACAGUCUGUCAUGCGACCGUGGUGCAGGCACAUGGAGGAGAUCAUGGAGCGCCGCCAUGAGCAGCUCUUUGAGCGCCUGGACAGGUGGUUGCAGGAGGCGUACCCCGCCGAAACUCGGCUUGACAUGCUCACGGCCAACAAGAUGGAACCGGACAGGCCACUCGCGCUAGAAGCGAACAGGCCCAUGGCGCUGCAGCGCUGUGGGAGGAUCGUUGAUGAUGAGGAGCACGAGAAGGUGGCCCUGGCCAAAUCGGAGAUGCGCCGCGAGUGGGCUCGUGCCCAGAGCACGCAGGCCAAUGUCGCAGAGGAGUUGCAUCGGGGGCACUGCCCAAGGCUGCUCCGCAUGGUGGAGUCCCCGCGAUUCGAGGCCGUGUGUGCUGCCUUCCUCGUGAGCAACUCCAUUUUCAUCGGUGUGCAACUUCAGAUGGUUGCUGACCGUUUUGGCGUAGACUCUGUGACCGACCUGGAGGCAGGCACAGCUGUGGUCCUCGUCCACUCUGUGUAUGCCAUUGUGUUUCUGCUGGAGCUGGUGCUUCGCAUUGUCGCACAUGGACAACAGUUUUUCUGCACACACGAUCGCACGAGCAUGUUCUGGAACUACCUGGAUAUAAUUUUGGUGGGGGUCUCCCUCGUCGAGGUCUUGUUGGUCAUCACGAUUUCAACCGCCGGCGCCGCCGAUUUGGGCAUGUCGAACAAAUUGCGCACCAUGCGAAUCAUACGCCUGACCCGGUUGGUGCGGAUGAUGCGCGCCAUGCGCUUUUUUCGAGGCUUGAGAACUCUCAUCUACUCUAUUUUCUACACGCUGAAGGCCCUGGUUUGGUCACUGAUCCUACUGUUGCUGAUGAUUUAUGUGAUUGGCAUCCUGCUGACCGACGCGGUGAUUGCUCAUGUGGUGCAAUUUGACGGCCCAGAAAUGAUCCCAGCGGAGUCACAGGACGCGGUGCUCUUUGCCCAGUUCGGAUCUUUGCAUCUCUCCAUGCACAGCUUGUUCCGCGCCAUCACCGGCGGGGUGGACUGGGCAGCGAGCGCGCAGGCCUUAGCAUCCAUCCAUUGGGUAUGGGCCUACGUGUUCUCAGCUUACAUAGCAUUCAGCGUGUUUGCGGUGCUGAACGUCAUGACAGGUGUGUUCUGUCAACGUGCAACGGAGCUCGCUGAGAGAGAUCAGGAGGCGCAGCUGAUGGCAAUGCAGAUUGAGACCGAGCGAAUCUGCGAGGAGGCUCGCAAUCUCUUCCGCAGCUUCGACCUGGUGAGCCAAGGCAACGCGAACGACGGCGUGCGUCAAGGCUCCCUCACCCUCAUGGAGCUUGAGCUGAUGAUGCAGAACGAGGAUGUGAAGGCGGCGUUGUCAGCUUUGGACCUGGCUGUGUCGGAUGCCUGGAAUUUCUUCCGUUUGCUGGACGUGAACGGCACGGGCGACAUUUCAGAGGAUGAGUUUGUGCAAGGUUGCUUGCGACUUCGAGGCCCUGCUCGAACUGUGGACGUGGCAGGCCUGUCGCAGGAGAACCUCCGCAUGAAGGCCAAGCUUGGCCAGCUAGAGAUGCAGGAGCACAAGCUGGAACAAUUGAUUGGCGCGUUGGCCAGCAAGCUGAUCACAGGAGAGAAAAAGACGCUUGCAGCUGAUGAGCCAGUUUCAGGCACAGGGCAGCAAAGUGGCAGCGUGGACAAGCAAGAAAUUCCAGUCGCCAGUGUGGAAAAGCAAGAAAUCCCAGGUACCGUGCCCUCUGACGACGAGGCCUUUUUGAACGGUGCAGGCAAAGAGGCAGAGGGGACCGGCGACAAGUCAGAAGAGCCGACAGGCAAGACAGGCAAGAAACCUUUCAGCGAGAACGGUUCCUAUGUCAUCCGUCGCCCAGGCCGGCUGACAGCGCUAGCUGCAACGAGCCCCGCUGUGGCACGGGGAGCGAAAGUGCCAUCGCCGAGAUCAGCGACUCCAGAGACCGCACCAGCGAUCCCGUCGCCGGUCCAGUCGCCGGUGCCGCGACCGUCCAGGGCCCCAUCAGAGCAAUUACUUCAGCUGCCUUCGCCGCACGCCGUGCCGCCCGCGAUGCCGCAAACCUCCCCACAGAUGCCAGCAGAGCCGAUCUUUUGGCUUGAGCCAGAGACCCCUGAGCCGAGCGAGCCACAGGCUGCGACCCAACACCUGGCGCAGCAUGUGGACAGAGAUCGCCUGCAGAAGUGGGACUACGACCUGCACUAUGACCUCGACCCACGUGGCUGA